AUGCCAGUCAGUUUGCUUGUUCAGGAUGCUGACUUUGCCAAGGUAGAGCUGAAGGCUGAACUGGAAAAGAGAGCUGAGAAUUGCCAAUUGUUUGCGAAGCAGUUCCCAGCUUGGAGAGACCAGACCCGAGGAUACAUAAAGGAACUGCAAGAGGUUGCGGACAGCAUUGAUGAGUAUCACAGAGGUGCCACCAUUGCAAAUGUCACAGGGGCUUCAGCAGCGGUUGUAGGAGGGGUUCUGUCCAUUACAGGAAUAAUCGCAAGUCCUUUUACAUCAGGUACCUCGUUGGGUCUCAGUGCAUUGGGAGCUGGUAUGAGUGCAAGUGGUGCAACCACCAAUUUUACAGCUGGUAUCACAGAAUCUGUUAAACAAUCAAACAAACAGAAAAGAGUUGAUGAAAUUGUAAAUCAAUACAAUGACAGCUGUAAACAAAUAUCAAAAUAUUUACACGAGAUUUGUGGUACAAUGAAAUCUUGGAGCCAGAAGCUACAUGCAGAAAUCAUGAAGCACAAGUCUAGUGAAGAAAUGUCAGAGUUUCUAAACGCAGCCUGCGGUGCAGCUAAUUGCAGGAAGACAGAUGAAGAAGAUUCAGUUAUAGGAGAGUCAAGUACUCUUCCAGUGUCUAAAACAGCUAGGCAGGUAACAACAGCAAGCCAGAAAACUGAAAUCGUGAACCAGCUGCUUUCUGGAUCGCUUCCCCUGCUAUCUACUUUUGUCAAAGUUAUUUCAGGAAUUCUUUCAGCAAUCUUAAUAGUGACAAAUAUCUUCUCCAUAACAAAGAAUUCCAUAGACCUUAGUAAAGGAAGCAAAACUGAUGUUGCUAAAAUCAUACGUGAUACUGCUAUGAAGAUGGAAGUUGAAUUAAGAGCCUACCAAGACAUUAAUGAAUUUCUGAAACUCAUAUUAAAGAUAGAUUGA